GGGUGGAGCCUCAGUGAGUGACUACAAAUCCCUGAAUUCGUCAGUAGCAGGUUGGUUGCUGUGGCGCCUCCAAUGAGACCGGAGAAAAGGAGACGAGGACUACGAUUCCCAGCACCCCUCCGAGAUUCGCGGCCAAUAGAAUCACUAAGAGUUUUUUAGUUGCUCUGAUGAGGACCGAGAGAGACCAUGGAAUGGGUUGAUGAUGCCACAAAGGCAAGCGGGGAGUUUUCCUCCGAUAGAGGAGGAUUCCCUGCUUUGGAGACUCCUGGGAUCACUGUAACAGCAGGAAAUGCGCCGGAGCAGUAUUCGGAUUUUGCUGAAGGUCCUAGAGUUGCAGGCUCUGAAUUGUGCUCCAUGUUUCAGUCAAUGUCAACAUAUCCUCCUUGGCCAAGGGAUAAUGUUACAGCAGAGUCUGCCCAGGGGCAGGUGACCUUUGAGGAUGUGGCUGUCUAUUUCACCAAGGGACAAUGGGAUCUGCUGGAUCCAGAACACAAAGCAUUGUAUAGGGAAGUCAUGCAGGAGAACUAUGAGAAUGUGGCCUCCCUGGGCGUUCCAGUUACCAAACCUGCACUGAUCUUCUGGCUUGAGCAAGGAGCAGAGCCUUGGGUUCAAGAUCCAGGAGGAACAGCAAUCAAAGCAGGUGACAAAAAACCAGUGAAGAAAAAAGCAACUUGCCUCCUGUGUGGGAAAACAGUCUCUUCCAAAUAUGCUCUUAUUGGACACAUGAGGACCCACACGGGAGAGAAACCUUAUGAAUGCCCAGAAUGCAGGAGAAGCUUUGCCCUGAGGAAGAAUCUCACCCUGCAUCAAAAAACCCAUAUGAAACACCUUGUGCCAAACUCUCAGUUAUUCCAAGAGAGCCUUCCCUUCAAAGAGUUGGCUUUGCACCAGAACCAGCCAGGAGAACAAGAGCCUCAAGAUUGCCAAGUGCCAGGAGUUGCAGUGCCUCAGCCAAACUUUCUCGGAGGAAUAAUCAAGGUUGAAAUGGUGGAAGACCUAGACAAUCACGAUUCGAUGGACAACUAUGCUAUUUCCUUGUGUCCUCCAACAGAACCAUGGCCUCCGACCCUAUAUCCAGACAGUUGUGGAAGAGAACUGGGUGCAGCCGGCAUAGGAAGAAAGACUGUAGGGCCCCGAUCUAUUCAGAAAUCUUGGUUUUCUCAGUUUCCAUGGCUGGAGGCUGACAAAAGUCAGACCACUCUGUACUGUGCUGUGUGCAAGGAAAAGCCACCUGUUCAUGGUCCGGUUUCCAAAUUAGUCACUGGAUACACCGGACCAUUCAAAGUGGAAACUCUCAAGCAUCACGACAAGAGCAAUGCCCAUAACCUUUGUGUCAGAGCAUUAACAGCAAAGGAAGACCCUGAUGGUGCUCCAGUGGCCGAGCGCAUGACCAAGAUGUCCAGCUAUGUGUUGAAAAACAUGGAGCACCUUUUUAGUGCAGCUUACGACAUCGCUUACCAUUCAAAACCACUGAACGAUUACGAGAAAGCUUUAGACCUCUUGCAGGUCAUGGGAGCUCCCAUCAUACCUAGGUACAGAAACAGAGUAGCAUGCACUCUCUUCAUCAAGUGCAUCGCAGACACGCUUCGGAAGGAAAUUCUUGACUACAUACGUCAGUCGCCCUGCAUUAGCAUUCUUUUGGAUGGUUUUACAGAUUCCUCAGAUCAGCCAUGUGUAGCAAUUUAUAUUCGGUAUAUAAAAAUAGCGGAAGUGAAGGAAUCCUAUAUCUGUUUGGCGUCGCUGCCUGAUGAAACAGUGGAUGCCUGUUUUGCCACAACUGUUUCAGCCUUGGAUGAGCUGCAGAUCCCAUUUAGGCAGCCUGGAUGGGUUGUGGGUCUAGGGACAGGGGGUGCAGCCAAUAUAGUGGAGUAUAAGAGCGGCCUCAUUGCAAAGUUCCAAGAGGUCAUCCCUCAGCUGUCCUCAGCCCAUUGUGUUACUCCAAAAUUUCAGUUUGCAGUCAUUGAUGCCUGCUGCAGAGACGUUGACUUUGUGAAGAGUUGUGAAAAGCACAUCAGGGCUAUGUUCAAAUUUUACCAGUCCUCUCCCGAAAGGCUGCAAGAGCUGCAGGCCAUGGCUUCUUGGCUAGGCCAGAAGGUUGUGAAGUUAAUGGAAUCAAACAGUGUGAGGUGGGUCAUCAGCAAGAGGCAAACCUUAAGUGCUCUUCUCGAAAACUUGCCUGCUGUUGUGAAUCACCUUGAGCGCCUGUCGAAAUACAGUGGCCAUGAAGGACAAAAAGCCAAAGGAAUGCUGACGUUUAUGCGAAGUUUCCAUUUUGUAAAAUUUGCCCACUUCUUGAUAGAUUUUCUUAAUAUUUACAAGCCCCUCUCAGAAGUGUUCCAAAAAGAAAACGUGUUACUCAGCCAGGUGAAUGACACCCUAGAAAGCACAUACCUUGCACUACAAAAUCUUCUCCAGCAGCCGGGACCCAAAGAGGAAGAGUUUGAUGAAAAUGUGAAGUAUGGCUGCUUCCAUGGCAUCUCCUUGGAUCUGGUAGAGGUGGAAGAGUGCCGAUUUCAAAUUGACCGAGCAAAAAUUAUUCUGAGAGGGGCAGAAUACCUGCACCAAAGAUUUGACACAGAAAAAUCACUACAGUUAUUAAAAAACAUGGAAGUAUUUGAUACCACAUCUUGGCCUGAUAGUGGUCAUCUUGCCAGCUUUGGAACGGUUGAGAUUCUUUCUUUGGCUAAACAGUUUGAAUGCACUACCCUGUCAAAUUACAGUGAGGAGAAGAUGCUGGAUGAAUGGUUUGAACUUAAAAACACAGCAAAGAACCUUUCCUUUUCUGUUUUGUGCAAGAAGGUUAUUGCUGAGGGUCAGAAGUUUUCUUUGUUGAGCAAACUUGCAUCAGUCUCGGCAUGUCUGCGCUUUUCUGCUGCAAGUUGCAAGCGGGGGUUUGUUGUUAUGAACCUAAUAAGAACAUAUGAGCGAUUGAAGCUCUCCAAUGAAGUGGCGAACUCUCUCAUGAUGGUGGCUGUUAAUGGGGUGGCAGUACCAGAGUAUGACCCGCUGCCUGCAAUUGAGCACUGGUACUUAACGUCCUCAGGCCGGCGCUGUUAACCAUUUUACUGCUGUCAUCAAGUGCAUCAUUAAUUUGAUAUAGCAUGGAGCCAGGAAAGUUGCUAACACUAAACAUUUAACACCAUCUGUGUCUGAAGUGCUGCACAAAAUGCACUAGUGACAUGAUCCCUGCCUUGAGGACUUGGGGUCCCUCCACACAGCAAAAAACUGCGACCUGAAGAGCUUACAUGCAAAUUGAAAGCAAGGGCAUGCUUAUUUAUCCUCCACAUGUUUCUGCAGGCUUGAAGAGUCUUUCCCAGGGUGAUCUCAGAGGUUGUUCAGAUGGGCAGCAGAGACCUCGUGUGAUUUCUGCCAGUGUCACUUACUGGCCAGCGAUUGCUUUCCAUGAACAACUGUCAGGAUUCCACCUGGGGCCACCCAAUUCCAGGAUGUGUUUUGUUUUUUAAACCGGUUAAAUCACCACAUUCAGGGUAAUUAUUAGGUUUUCUUACUUCCUUAUGCUGCCACCAUAUGUUAAUGUUUGUUACAAUGCCCUCAGUGAAUAUCUCUCCAUGAUUAGGUAGCUUUGCAAGCACAGGAUAGGCAUAAGUGUUCAGUGCAUUAAAAAGAAACAAAGCUUAAAAUGUAAAAACAAUAAAAAGUUUAUUAUUUACAUACAUGUGAUGGAAACAAACUCUGCUAGGCAGGGUACAUGGACUCCAUCGCAAUGUUGCUGUUUUUCAGACAGCUGUUAAAUACAACAUAGAGUUUUAUCCUUCUUUUUAUAUGUAGCUCUUAGGUAUGCCAAAUAACUUAGGACGGGUGUAUUUUACUUUGUUUGUGGAACUUGGUGUAAUGACCCAGACUUCACGUCUUUAAUGUGGAAUUUUGCCCCUGGACAACAUUCCCUCAGAUGAAUCCCACUCAGGCUUUAAACUCCACACUCGGAGAACUCCUCCGGUUCACUACUGGCCUCUUACAGACUCUGAACAAUAAACUACCAAGAUUUCUUACAAAAUCACCCUGAACAGUCUCACACAGGAGCUCUUGCGCUCAGCUCCUCCUUCUGUCCUAACUGGUCCAACUGUCUCCACCUGCCACUAUUUGAAUUACUGUCCCGAACUUUCCAUGCAUGGUUUCUAUGACGAUCUCCGCUCCCUCACUCUCCAAAGCACUCUGCUUGUGUACAUCUCCUUACACAGCCCUUUCCUUUUGAUUAGUGCUUUUCUGGUGAAUGGGGGAAAGGAGCGGAUUUUUCAUGGGAAGGAAGAGCUGGUCAGAAAAGCUGAAGAAAUCAAGUACGGCCUCUGCUGCCAUAAACCGCCUGCAGGGUCCUUCAGGAACAUGUGGAGGAGGGGGAAUAAACUCCCGUUUCCUUCUUGUGUGCAAACUCUUCAUGUUGUGCCGUGUUUUGCCUCAGUCUGGAAAGAGCCUCAGUUGGCAAAUCUGGUUAAAGUGCUAAGGACUUGUCUGGGGAUAAAUGUUAGUUAUGAAACUAAUAUUUUCCAGGGGAGGGAGCUGCUGAAUAACAGGGAGAGCUCUCUAGCCCUAUGUUUAUUUUUACUGUUCCCCCUGUUUCCCCCAUCACCUGAUACUUAACCCAGCUCAGGGUUUUAACCAGAGCUGCAAUGUCAGUCAGUCAGUCAUGUUUAUUUACGGUCAUAGACCAAAAUUUACAUACAUAAUAAUACACGUAAUAAAGUAAUAAUAUAUACAUAAUAUAAUCAGGAACAUGGACUCAUCCUAAUCAGCAAUUUCCCGUUAGCAUAAUCUGAUUUACCAUCUGUUGUCUAGCCUUCUUAGCUGCCUCACAGAACUUAGCAACUUUAAAUGUUACUUCCACCUUCUGAUCUGAGAGCAGAUAGUUGACGUAAAAUGCAUCUGUAUGCCCUGGGAAAUCAGUCAGUAAGGAGGAAAUAUAACAAGUUCGUAAGUCCCUAUAAAAAAGACAGCGGAGUAAGAUAUGGAAGAUAGACUCCUGUUCUCCAGAGCCACAAGGACAUAGUCUCUGUUCUUUUGGGAUCCCUCUAAAUUUACCUUCUAAUUCAGCUGAAGGUAGCACAUUAAACCUGGCCAGUGUAAACAUCCUGCGAUAUUUAGUGAUAGUAAUCUUACCCAGGUAAUUCGCAGGUUUAGUAUUAUACAUUUGUAAACCUAGGAAAACUUCUUUAGAGAUUAAAGAUCGAUCAGUCUGCAUUUCCAUAUCAUAGAUCCGCUGCUUUAAUAUCAGUCUUGCGUGACAAAAACCCAUUUCUAAUAGACCAUCCAGGCUAAAGCCAUAUAAACUUAUUUGGCGAGAUAUUGACUGCUUCCAACUAGAAUUAAAUUUAUCAAUAAAAAUUAAGUGAGCAAGGCCUGUAGAAAAGAAAGACAAUCUCAACCAGAAGCUGAGAAUGGAAAACCACAUCCGGGCUUCCAUCUUAGGCAUGCCAGUUUCCAUCCUCAAUGUUACAUUGGGAACACAUCUAGGGAUCUGUAGAAUAGAUCUCAGAAACUUUGUCUGAACUAUCUCUAGUGGAGUGCAGUUAGUAUACGGGCCCAACUGUGACCCAUAAAGCAAUUGAGAGCAGACUUUAGCUGUAAAUAACUUAAGGGCAGCUAGUACAAAUUGAGCCCCAUCUUGGUGGAAAUAUGAUUGAAUGGCCAAUGAGCUGCAAUGCUUAGUCAACUGGUUAGAGUAAUCUAUUUAAAAAUAAUCUGACUUUUUUAAAAAAUGCAUUUAAUUGGGCAGUAGAUUUUUAAAACGUGUUGAAGAUAUGAUGCUGCCUUAUGCUGAGGCCAUCUAGCCCAGGAUUGUUUACUCCGGCAGCUGCUCCCUUGGGUUUCAGGCAAAGGUAUCUCUUCAAUUCUGCUACCCAAGUUCCUUUGAACUGGAGGUGCCAGGGAUUGAACCCAGGACUUUCUGCAAGUUGUUAGUUAAUUUUUAACACAGGAACUUACCAAAAAAAAACUGCAGGUGGCACUGCAGGCACCAUCUAACAGGACUUUUAGGUGGUUGCACUCUGUUUAUAGAAUAGCCUCCCCAGUGAGGUUCACUUGGCUUCAUCACUUUGUUCUUUUAGACAGCAGGUAGAGACCUUUUUGUUCACCCAGGCCUUUUAAAUUCUGAUAUUCAGAUAUGAUUUGGUUUUUAUUUUUAACUAACUUUAAAAUGAACUUUUAAACUGCGUUGUAUUAUAUUUUCUUUUCUCCCUUUUUGUCUGUUAUGAUUUAAUGUGUUAUGUGUAUUUAUUGUAUGUUUUAAUCCUGUGUUGUGAGCCACCCAGAGAACAAUUUGCUAUGGGGCAUCUAACAAAUGAAGAUGAUGAUGAUUAUAGGAGGCAAUUAUCCCCCCCCCCUUCUUUUUCUCACACAGACAAGGAAAUGCCUCUUUGGGGAUGGCACUUGGGGCUAUACAUGUCUGCAUCAUCUGAAAAGCUGGAAAGCAUGUCCUACCCCUUAAGAACAUAAGAACAGCCUUGCUGGAUCAGGCCCAAGGCCCAUCUAGUCCACCAUCCUGUUUUGCACAGUGGCCCACCAGAUGCCGCUGGAAGCCACAGGCAGGAGCUGAGGGCGUGCCCUCUCUCCUGCUGUUCCUCCCCUUCAGAAGUAUUUUUAUUUAUAAGCAAACUUCUGUAGAUUGAACCAAUUCAGCAGUUGAAAAAACACAUAUGAAUAACUGACUAGGAUACGUUUUAACCAGGUGACAAUUCUAGGGGUUUGUUUGUUUGUUUGUUUUUUAAUUAAUGCUUCCUUUCUGUUGAGAGUGAGUAAAGUGCAAACCAGGAGCCUGGACAUUUGG